AUGUCGUACAAAGAUUACGAUGUACGGGACCAAUACUCAACCCGCCGGCGGCACCACUCACCAGUCUACUCCGACUUGAGCGUCGGAAGUCCAGGGUACAGCCCGACAAGGGAUGCCGGCGCUGCCCACGUCGCACGCCAGCACUACGAGCCUCCUGAUCGCAGAGGCCGCGUCGAAGUCUACGAAGAAGAUAGAUACAAACCAAGAAUUAGAGACUAUCACUACGAAGAGAGGCGUCCACGAUCGCGACCAAGAUCCGAGGUCCACGACUCCGACCGCAGCCAUCGUAGCCACAGGGAUGGGCACCAUUGCCACCACAGCCACACACACAGCAGAAGCAAACGGAGGCAUUCCGCCUCCGGGCCCAAUUGGGGUCAGGCCGCUGUUGCAGCUGCUAGUGCCGGUAUCAUUGAGGCGGGUCUGGCGCGGCAUGACAGGGACCGAACGGCAAGAGUCAUGACGGCGGCGGCGGGAGCCGGGGCGAUUGACGCCGUCGCUGGGAAGCAUGGAGAGAAGCCGUCUAGGACUUUGGAGAAUGUUGUCGGAAGCACUGUUGGCGGCUUGGUAGUUGAUCGUGUGGCUCAUGGAUCGGGACGCCGGCAUUGUUGA